AUGCCUAAGAUUCACCCUGAGACCAAAGCGUUGAUUAUCAAGAGGCUGAAGACCAGAUCCACUGCUGAGGUGGCUGACAACUUCAAUGUGUCUCAGCAUCAAAUACAAAGUGAAUUUGAAUUGUUUGACAGGACCAUAUUUAUUGAUCUUUUGUGUGUCUGUCAACAGUAUGGACGGUCGGACAGCUACCGCGUGGCCACCACGCAGGACAAGGAUGAGAAGGAGUCGCCCAAGAAGGGGAAGGGAGGCAAGGAUCUGGAUGACCUGAAGAAGGAAGUGCCCAUAAUGGAACACAAAAUGUCAGUGGAGGAGGUUUGCCGGAAAUACAACACUGAUAUUGUUCAGGGUUUGACCAAUGCCAGGGCAGCAGAGUACCUGGCCAGGGAUGGCCCCAACGCCUUGACUCCACCCCCCACCACCCCAGAGUGGGUCAAGUUCUGUCGCCAGCUGUUCGGUGGCUUCUCCAUCCUGCUGUGGAUCGGCGCCAUCCUCUGCUUUCUGGCCUACGCCAUCCAGGCAGCCACAGAGGAUGAGCCCGCUGGGGAUAACUUGUAUUUAGGUAUCGUGCUGUCAGCUGUCGUCAUCAUCACCGGCUGCUUCUCCUACUUCCAGGAAGCAAAGAGCUCCAAGAUCAUGGAGUCCUUUAAGAACAUGGUCCCUCAGCAAGCCUUGGUGAUCCGUGAGGGAGAGAAGAUGCAGAUCAAUGCCGAGCAGGUGGUGGCAGGAGACCUGGUGGAAGUGAAGGGAGGAGACAGGAUCCCCGCUGACCUCCGCAUCAUCUCCUCCCACGGCUGCAAGGUGAGACACAGACACGCUCCUGUCAUUAAAGAGACAGAAGGCACCUCAGAGGCUCUUUUAGGAGCCAGUGUGAAGCGCUCCUCCUCCUCAGGUCUGGAACGUUCUUACAGCUCCUGGGAAACUUCAGAGGAAAACCGGAACAGACUGGUAAAGGCUGCGUCCACGUCAAAGCUGCUUGCCAAAGUGGUCAGGACAGCCGAGAGACACAAAGACCCGGUGGUCAGUCAAGGUAAUCACACGUUCAUCUUCAUCAUGGCCGACCUUAGUCUUCACCACCACCAUCAUCAUCUUCAUCGCCAUGUGUAA